CUUUUUUUUCUUUUUCUUUCUUUUUUCUUUUUCUUUUUCCUCCCACUGCUGUCUUGGAACCAGAGCGCUUUUAUGCUCAGCGACGCGGGCUCCUUGCUUCAGGUCCGGUAGACCGAAGAUCUGGGACCAGUAAUUCACAUUGCUGCAGACGCAAAGGGAUUUUUUUUUCCGUGCUUCAUUUUUUUUUCCGAGGGAGUUUGCAUAUUUGUUUCUUUUCACACUGGCCUUAAAGAGGAUAUAUUAGAAGUUGAAGUAGGAAGGGAGCCAGAGAGGCCGAUGGCGCAAAGGUACGACGACCUACCCCAUUAUGGGGGCAUGGAUGGAGUAGGCAUCCCCUCCACGAUGUAUGGGGACCCGCAUGCAGCUAGGUCCAUGCAGCCGGUCCAUCACCUGAACCAUGGGCCUCCUCUGCACUCGCAUCAGUACCCGCACACAGCUCACACCAACGCCAUGGCCCCCAGCAUGGGCUCCUCAGUCAAUGAUGCUUUAAAGAGAGAUAAAGAUGCCAUUUAUGGACACCCCCUCUUCCCUCUCUUAGCACUGAUUUUUGAGAAAUGUGAAUUAGCUACUUGUACCCCCCGCGAGCCGGGGGUGGCGGGCGGGGACGUCUGCUCGUCAGAGUCAUUCAAUGAAGAUAUAGCCGUGUUCGCCAAACAGAUUCGCGCAGAAAAACCUCUAUUCUCUUCGAAUCCAGAACUGGAUAACUUGAUGAUUCAAGCCAUACAAGUAUUAAGGUUUCAUCUGUUGGAAUUAGAGAAGGUACACGAAUUAUGUGACAAUUUCUGCCACCGGUAUAUUAGCUGUUUGAAAGGGAAAAUGCCUAUCGAUUUGGUGAUAGAUGAUAGAGAAGGAGGAUCAAAAUCAGACAGCGAAGAUGUAACGAGAUCAGCAAAUCUAACUGACCAGCCCUCUUGGAAUAGAGAUCAUGAUGACACGGCAUCCACUCGUUCAGGAGGAACCCCGGGCCCUUCCAGCGGUGGCCACACUUCACACAGUGGGGAUAACAGCAGUGAGCAAGGUGAUGGCUUGGACAACAGUGUAGCUUCCCCCAGCACAGGUGACGAUGAUGACCCUGAUAAGGACAAAAAGCGUCACAAAAAGCGUGGCAUCUUUCCCAAAGUAGCCACCAAUAUCAUGAGGGCGUGGCUGUUCCAGCAUCUAACACACCCUUACCCUUCUGAAGAACAGAAAAAGCAGUUGGCACAAGACACAGGCCUCACCAUUCUUCAAGUGAACAAUUGGUUUAUUAAUGCCCGGAGAAGAAUAGUGCAGCCCAUGAUAGACCAGUCCAACCGAGCAGGCAACCAAGGAACACCUUAUAACCCUGACGGACAGCCAAUGGGAGGCUUUGUAAUGGAUGGCCAGCAACACAUGGGCAUCAGGGCCCCAGGGCUGCAAAGUAUGACAGGGGAGUAUGUAGCCCGGGGUGGUCCAAUGGGUGUGAGUAUGGGACAACCAAGUUAUACCCAACCCCAGAUGCCCCCCCAUCCUGCUCAGCUGCGACAUGGGCCCCCCAUGCAUACGUACAUUCCUGGACACCCUCACCACCCAACAGUGAUGAUGCAUGGAGGACCGCCCCACCCUGGAAUGCCAAUGUCAGCAUCAAGCCCCUCGGUUCUUAAUACAGGAGACCCGACAAUGAGUGGACAAGUCAUGGACAUUCAUGCUCAGUAGCUUAAGGGACUAUGCAUUGUCUGCAAUGGUGACUGAUUUCAAAUCAUGUUUUUUUCUGCAAUGACUAUGGAGUUCCAUUCUUGACAUCUACUUUGGACCAAGGAGCAUCCCUAAUUCUUCAUAGGGACUCUUAAAAUGCAGGAAAACCAUCUGAAGUCAAUUUGGGGGACAUGCAAAAUAACUAUAUAAGACAUUAAAAGAACAAAGAGUGAAAUAUUGUAAAUGCUAUUAUACUGUUAUCCAUAUUACGUUGUUUCUUAUAGAUUUUUUAAAAAAAAUGUGAAAUUUUUCCACACUAUGUGUGUUGUUUCCAUAGCUCUUCACUUCCUCCAGAAGCCUCCUUACAUUAAAAAGCCUUACAGUUAUCCUGCAAGGGACAGGAAGGUCUGAUUUGCAGGGUUUUUAGAGCAUUAAAAUAACUAUCAGGCAGAAGAAUCUUUCUUCUUGCCUAGGAUUUCAGCCAUGUGCGCUCUCUCUUUCUCUCUCUUUUCCUCUCUCUCCCUCUCUCUAGCCUGGGGCUUGAAUUUGCAUGUCUAAUUCAUUUACUCACCAUAUUUGAAUUGGCCUGAACAGAUGUAAAUCGGGAAGGAUGGGAAAAACUGCAGUCAUCAACAAUGAUUAAUCAGCUGUUGCAGGCAGUGUCUGAAGGAGACUGGUAGGAGGAGGCAUGGAAACCCAAAGGCCGUGUGUUUAGAAGCCUAAUUGUCACAUCAAGCAUCAUUGUCCCCAUGCGACAACAACCAUCACCUUAUACAUCACUUCCUGUUUUGUGCAGCUCAAAAACAUAGACUGAAGAUUUAUUUUUAAUAUGUUGACUUUAUUUCUCAGCAAAGCAUUGGUCAUGUGUGUAUUUUUCCAUAGUCCCACCUUGAAGCAUUUAUGUAGACAUUGUAAAUAAAUUUUGUGCAAAAAGGACUGGAAAAAUGAA